AUGCGGCUCGUCGGGCUUACCGUGCUACUUGGUGUCUUUGCAGGGGUGCAAAGGACUGAAGCACAAAUCACUAUCAACUCGUUGCAGGUCGAGAAUCAAGGAGCCCCGAUUGGCAUCGACGUUUCUCCUCGUUUUUCGUGGAAGUUGGUUUCAAAUGCUCGCAGCGUAACACAAACCUCCUACCGCCUCACUGUCUCUGCCACCAGCGCCGGGAAAUCCGACGUUUGGGACUCCGGGGUUGUCACUUCUUCCACCCCAUACCUCGCGCCAUACGCUGGCCCCGCCCUUUCCUCCGACACUCAAUACUUUUGGAGUGUUGCAGUUGUCUCGUCUGCGGGCUCUGCAUCUGCUCAAUCGACGUUCAUAACCGGUUUCCUUUCGCAAAAUGACUGGGGCUCCAGUACUUGGAUCGGGAAAAACGCGCCUGCUCUUCCACAACGACCACUUCCCCCUCUUUCGGCCGCUUCUUGGAUUUGGAAUGACCCUGGCGCGGCCAGUGGGACUAAUCCUGGCACGGCUGCUUUCCGACGAGCAUUCCCAAUUUCCUCGAAAACUCCGGUCUCUGCGCAGAUCGUCACAACAGGCGACGACCAGUUCACGCUUUGGGCAAAUGGUGUUCAAGUUGGAACCUCGGGGAACGCAGCAGACGUUUGGAAGUCUGCUUCAACCAUUUCUGUGCCACUUGGUGCGGGUACGACCACGGCCCCUGUCACUGUCAAUGGGACGAAUGUACUCGUCCUCGCUGCGACGGCGACAAAUGGUGGAACCAGCAGCAAUCCGGCAGGAUUCUUGUUGACUGGCUUCAUUGUAUAUUCGGAUGGUACCAACGAGACUAUCGUUACUGAUGGCGCCUGGAAAGCGUUCGGAGGAAGCCUUCCGUCGGAUUGGCAAGCUCCAACUUUCAACGAUGGCUCCUGGGCGGCAGCAAGCGCUUUGGGAAAAUACGGGAUUUCGCCUUGGAAUAGUGACGUGAGCGUUCCCGAUCCAUUGGGCGAACAUCCAGCACCGUUGUUGCGGAAACGGUUUGUUCUCAGCGGUACUCGUGGUGGCAAGAGGAUAUCUCAAGCCCGUGUGUUCUACGCCGCAGGUGGAUUCGCUGCUAUUCAACUCAACGGAAAGCCUAUAUCCGACCAUGUUUUGACACCUGCUUUCACCAAGUACGACACACGACUGCAAUAUGUCGCAGUCGAUGUGAAGAACCUUCUCAACGCAGGAAGCAAUGCCAAUGCUUUUGGGGUCGAACUCGGUCGGUCGCGGUAUGGCAUUACGCAGAGGACUGCUUGGGCUUGGGAGCACGCGCCAUGGUGGGGCGAGCCGGUUUUCCGCAUGGUGCUUAGUGUCAUCUACACUGAUGGGACGAGAGAGCGUGUCGUGAGUGACGGGAGCUGGAAGAAUAUCGAGGGGCCGACUCGAUUGGAUGAUCUUUAUGGGGGCGAAAACUACGAUGCGAGCUACGAAAUUUCUGGCUGGAAUACACCCGCAUUUGACGACAGUAAAUGGAGGGAUGUUUUGGUUGGAACUGCUCCCAAGGGUGUUCUGGUCAAUGCGAGACAACCCCCAACCAAGGUCGUCGGAAAACUUCUACCAAUAAAGAUCACUCAGCCUGUCCCUGGGCAAUACGUGGCUUCUUUCGACUAUAUGGUCGUUGGAUGGAUCAAGCUUACCGUCACGGGUCCGAAAGGCAGCUUGGUGACCAUCCAUUACGGAGAGCAACUCAAACCAGAUGGCACCGUUGUUUACGAAGAUAACCUACACUACUUUUCGAACAACUUCCAAACGGACCGGUAUUGGUUGGCGGGAAGACGCUCUGCAGAGGUGUUCGAGCCCAAAUUCUCAUACAAGGGAUUCCAGUAUAUCCAAAUCUCCGGCUGGCCAUCAUCUUCGCCUCCCAAACCUUCCGACCUCACCGCCCAGCUGGUCAACGAUGACCUUGCAGUAGCGGGUGACUUCACUUGUUCUUUAGAUUUGCUCAACAAGCUUCACGCCGCUGCUGUCCGCACUUUACUCAACAACGCACACGGUCUUCCUACCGAUACCCCUGUCUGGGAGAAAAAUGGUUGGGCUGGCGAUGCUCAGCUCGGUGCUGAAAUGUACCUUUUCAACUUAAACUCCCAAGAAUUCCUUGCGAAGUACACACAGGACCUUCUUGACACGCUCCCAGUUGGUCGCCCUGGUCCUCCGGGAGUCAUUGCGCCAUCGGGUGGCUGGGGCGCAGAUAAUCAAGCAGAUACAUGGCACUCUGCGUUCAUCUUGAUCCCUGCCUGGAUCUACUCGUACCGUGGUGAUGCGAGAAUUCUCUCAGAUAACUACGAAGGCAUGAAGUCCUAUAUCGAAUUUGAGCUGAGUCGCUCUCCGGGUAAUCUAGCGACCACUGUCUUGGGUGACUGGGUGGCGGCGGAUUUGCCUCCAGAUGGUGGUAAUCCCAUCGAAGAUCUCAGGAUACCUGCAACGGCUUACUUAUAUCGUAUGCUCGAUGCUAUGACUAGUAUCGCUAGGACGCUGGGCAAGACUGACGAUGCGAACCUCUUCGCCUCUCAAGCUGCCGAGGUCAAAACCGCGUUCAACAACGCGUUUUGGGCCUCUGGUCACUAUACUGGGGUUGGCGACAACGGUUAUCGCCAAACCCACAAUCUUCUUGCACUCGCUUUCAACUUGACAACAAGUCCCAGCAAUGCUCAAGCUGUCGCAGACAGUAUCGCUGCUGAUGUCAACUCCCGCGGAGUUCAUCUUAACACUGGCGCCCUGGGGACCAAGCACAUUCUGCCCAUGCUGACUGCCUAUGGUCAUUCUGAUGUUGCGAUGGGUUUAAUCCAGCAGACGACACUGCCCAGCUGGGGCUUCUGGAUCCAAAAUGGGGCAACGACCUGUUGGGAGCAUUGGCAACUCGAAGGGCGUUCGCGCGAUCACUUCUUCCUUGGCACCUACGAAGACUGGUUUUACCAAUCUGUACUCGGCAUCCAACCCACCAGCACGGCCUACAAAACGGUCAGCAUUGCUCCUGCAUUCACUGCUUCGAUCCCCAGCGCGAGUGGGUGGGUCAUGACGCCCUACGGAAAACUAUCAGUCUCGUACAACACCAAGGGCCAGUCAUUCUCGAUGCAAAUUGCGAUCCCUGUCGGUGUAAGCGCGUCAGUGUCGUUCGGGUCGGGCACGACAAGAACUAUGACGGAGGGUGGUACAGCCGUGGCGCAGGCAAAAGGCAUCACCAACGUUUCAGGCGACAAGGUUCAGGUCGGCUCUGGGUCGUAUUCGUUCGUGUCGCAGUAA